AAAGCAAAGCAUAACAAAGGACGAAGAGCCCAAAGGAAAAUGAGAAAGCAAUUAGUGUUUAUCUUUGUUUUCCUGGUAAUCUUCUUCCUUUGUCAUGAGACUUUAGCUCAAAUAGCUCCCGCGCCGCCGUUAAAGGUGGACAACAUCACAUCGAUUCUCGAAAAAGGCGGCCAAUUCGCCACUUUCAUUAAGCUGUUGAAAUCCACACAGGUGGCCGAUCAACUAAAUAACGAGCUGAGCACCCCCAACCCGAACGACGGGCUAACGAUAUUUGCCCCGGGUGACACCGCAUUCAGUGGGCUCAAAUCCGGGACGUUGAACUCGCUGUCCGAUCAAGAGAAACUCAGCCUGGUUCAGUUCCAUAUUCUCCCCACGUUGAUGUCGACGUCGCAGUUCCAAACGGCGAGCAACCCUUUACGUACGCAGGCGGGUGACGUUAAGAGCGGGAAGUUCCCGCUCAACGUGACCGCGGCGGGGAACCAGGUGAAUAUAACGACCGGCGUGGUGAACGCGACGGUGGCGAACACUGUGUACUCCGAUCGACGGAUCGCGGUUUAUCAAGUGGACCAGGUCCUUCUCCCGUUGCAGAUUUUCGGGACGACGCCGGUACCGGCGCCUGCACCGGAUGUGCCCGACAAAGAUGUUUCGGUUCCGAGUCCGAAAGCUUCUAAGGGUGCUGACACUGAUUCUUCUGGUGCAAUGAGCUUGAAAUCGCAUCACCCGGCAAUGGUUUCUCUUGGAUUUGCAGUUUUUGGGACAAUUUUUUGGGGGCUUUGAGGUUUGUUUUGGUAUUUGCAUGCUUUGUAAUUU